AGAAAUCUGAAAAUGAGACGGCCUUAUUUAUUAGGAUUGGUUGAAGAGUGUGGUUAGUUUGACGCCUAGAGCUUGAUAGUGUCAUUAUUGUAUAUCUUAGAUUCGAAUUCAAUCUUUUGGAGAGAGAGCGAGAGAGAGAUGGAAGAAGCAAGGGGAUCAGUAGUGAAGCACGUAUUUGUAGCAAAGUUCAAAGAUGAAACUUCAGCUGCCCAGAUCGACCAACUCAUCAGAGAUAUGGCCAACCUCGUUAACCUCAUCGAGCCAAUGAAGUCCUUACACUGGGGCAUGGAUGUGAGCGCUGGGAAGAAGAAUCAAGGUUUCACUCAUGUCUUUGAAUGCACCUUUGAGAGUAUGGAGGGUAUCGCAGAGUAUGUUGCUCAUCCUGCCCAUAAAGAAUAUGCAAAGUCCCUCAUGCCUAACGUGGAGAAGUUCCAAGUGUUUGAUUACAAACUCACCAAGGCUAUCAUCUAGAACCCUGCUUCGUCGUCUCUCUACUGAACAAGGAUGCAUUUGAACUAAUUUUAUAUAAAUUUGUGUUUGAUGAACUUAUUUGAGUUUCUCUAUAUCUCUCAGACAAUUUAUUCGAACCUUUGUGUGUACUUAUUCUUCGUAUUGGGAUAAAUGUGGUGGUCUACUUUAAUGCAUAGCUGUAGACUCUGCUUUUCUUUUACUCUGUUUGACAUAGUAUUUAUGUUACUGGGUUGUUUGGUAACAGUGGAAGUAUAUUCUACU